AUGAAUAGUGAUAAAUUCAAGGUUUUAAUAUUUGGCCAUAUAAACUGCAGGUCAGUUUUAUCAGGAUUUCAUGAAUUUAGUACACUGGUUCAAAACAACAACCUUGAUAUUGUUGGAAUAUCGGAAACGUGGCUAUCAAAAGAUAUAUCUAAUGACCAUAUAAGAAUGAAUGGAUACAACUGCUAUCGCUGUGAUAGAGAUGGGCGAGGUGGUGGGGUUGCAGUCUUUGUAAACAACCACUACAACUCUUCCAUAAUUUCAUUUGGGCAAGACCCAAGUCUUGAAUAUAUAUGGUUGAAGGUGCAGCUUCCAAAACAAAAAAUUGCUAUUGGUAUACUCUAUCGGCCCGCACAUAGCUCUGUUACAGAAGCCGGUAAUACCUUUGAUAACAUGUUGCCUGCCAUAUUAGCUGAAUAUGAUGAUAUCAUCCUUGCAGGGGAUAUCAAUGUUAAUUUGCUUUUAGUUUGUAACAACUUGACUAAAUGCCUUGAUUCUUAUAAUCUGAAACAGGUGAUAUCUGAACCGACUAGAAUAACUGAAUCGACACUCACUCUCUUAGAUCCUAUUUAUUUGAGCAAGCCUGAAAGUUGUCUUAGGAGUGGCACUAUUAAUGCUGAUAUGAUUACUGAUCACUAUUUAGCCUUCUGUGAUAUACGUAUUGCACUUCCUAAAAAUCAACAGAAAUUUGUUACAUUCAGGGAUUUCCAUAGUUUAAAUGAAAUAGCGUUUGAACAAGAUCUCAAGAGUUUUCCAUGGUGGCAUAUUAUAUCGAUAGAUGACAUUGAAGAUAAAAUUAACUUUUUAACAGAUAGUAUUUUAUGCUUAUUUAAUGUUCACUGUCCAAAAAAGGUAGUGCGUGUAAACAAAGCUCCAGCUCCUUGGUUGGAUGAUAAUAUUAAACUUGUAUUCAGGCAGAGGGCUGAAGCUUUGUCAAAGUUCAAACGUGAUCGUACAGCCGCCUCUUGGCAACAGUAUACAUAUUUCAGAAAUCGUGCAUUAACGCUCGUGCGAAGAGGAAAAAGAGAUUAUUUACAAGCUGUUCAAAAUCAGGAUAUAAAAAAGUUUUAUAAGACCCUAAAGACUUUCAAAGUACAAUCUCAGAAAGAUUCUACAAUUCCCGUGAGCUUGUCCGAUCCGUAUAAAAUAAAUGAGGCAUUCAUUUCAAUUUUCGAGAAUAGUGAUUUGGCUUGUGCUGAUAAAAUUGCAUAUUACCGAGCUAAUAAAAAUAACUCAAAAUUCAAAUUUCAAUUUUAUAAAGUGACUAUUGACACCGUUGUUAAAAUUAUACAUAAAAUAAAAUCAAAUUCUAGUGGUACAGAUGAAAUAACUUUGCAUAUGAUACUACUAUGUAUACCUGAAAUUGAUGUCUACUUAACGCAUAUUAUAAACUGCUGUUUAGAGAGGAGAUAUUUCCCCAAUCAGUGGAAACGCGCUAUAGUUAUUCCGCUACCUAAGUGUUCUGAUCCUACUAACUAUGGUCAACUAAGACCGAUCAGUCUACUGCCAGUCUUAGGACCGCUAUUAUGUUCAUUAUAUAUCUCAGAUUUAGAAACAGAGGUAAAAUCAUGCACCAUACAAUUUUUUGCAGAUGAUACUCAAAUUUUCUAUUCAUUUAGGAGUAAUGACUUAGAAACCGCAAAUAAUAAAAUUAAUCAAGAUCUUGCCCAAAUUGAAAAGUUCAAUAGUAGUCAUAAUCUUCGUUUGAACCCUUUAAAGACAAAUAUGUUGGUAUACGCAAAUAGAACAAAAAAGAAUACCUUAAAAAAUGACAUAGACAUACAUUUAAAAGGUAAUAAAUUAAUUUCUGUGGAUCAUUCGAAAAACCUAGGUAUUAUAAUGGAUGAUGACUUAAAAUUUGUUGCACACGUGAACUAUCUAAUUACGCAGUGCUACGCUAUUCUCAGAGUUUUAUUUGCAAAUAAGGCUAUAUUACAUAAAUCUGCGAGAAAGCAAUUGUGUGAAUAUUUCGUAUUUUCAAAGAUAUCGUAUUGCUUAGUGGUUUACUAUCCCUAUUUAGAUAUUAUAACAAGAAAUCGUAUUCAAAGUAUUAUGAAUACAUGUUGCAGGCUUGUAAAUGAUCUCAGAAAAUACGAUCAUAUAUCGAAUGCCAUUAAUGAACUCAAAUGGAUGAAAAUUGAUAAAAUGUAUAAGUACCAGCUCCUAAAUCUGACUCAUAAGGUUCUUUAUUCAAAAACACCGUCAUAUUUAGUAAACAAAUUCAUACGUAGAGGGAAUAUGCAUCGUAUUAAUAUUAGAUAUAGAGAGACUUUUUCAAUUCCACGCCACAGCACGUCUCUAUUUCAGAAUUCAUACAUUUACAAUGCGAUCAAAUCAUAUAAUUCUUUAGACCGCAGUUUAAAAGAAACCAAUCCAUUAUCCAAAUUCAAGAAAAAAGUGAAAGAAGUUCUUCUUGAUCAGCAGCGAAGUCGGUUGUAA